AAUGGGAAUCCUAAUAACGUCAUCCCUUUUCAAUAGUUCUGAACUGCCUAAACCUGCUAUUUAUCAAACAAAACCACCACCAAAAGAGUACUUCAAUGGAGUCCUAUGGCCAAGUAGUGGUUUUAAUUACUGGUUGCACCCAAGGUGGUAUAGGUCAUGCCUUGGCACGUGAAUUUGCUGCUAACAACUGCCUUGUUGUGGCCACGGCCAGGUCAUUGACUUCCAUGAGAGACCUUGAUCAAGAUACCAGAUUUUUUCUCCAAGAAUUGGAUGUUUUGUCUGAUGAAAGUGUGCAGAAUGUUGUGUCGAAUGUUGUUGAAAGAUAUGGCAGAGUUGAUAUUUUGGUUAACAAUGCUGGGAUUCAAUGUGUUGGCCCACUUGCUGAGAUCCCUUUAUCAGCUGCGCAAAACACUUUCGAUACCAAUGUUUUUGGUACCAUGAGGAUGGUUCAAGCUGUUGUUCCUCACAUGGCAUCUAGGAAGAAGGGGAAAAUCUUAAAUGUUGGAAGUGCUUCUGUUUUGGCUCCUCUUCCAUGGGCUGGUGUCUAUACUGCAACCAAAGCAGCUCUUCAUUCACUAACUGAUAACAUGAGGCUGGAACUUAGGCUUUUUGGGAUCCAGGUGAUCAAUGUUGUUCCUGGAGCUGUUAAAUCAAACAUCGGAAAUUCUGCCAUAUCCAGCUACAACCAUAUGCCUGAGUGGAGAUUAUACAAGCCAUUUGAAGCAGCUAUAUGGAACAGGGCUUGCCUUUUCCAGGGACCUAAGACCACCCCCACCGAAGAGUUUGCGAAGAAGACGGUUGCUACUGUGCUAAAGAAAAAUCCACCAGCAUGGUUUUCCUUUGGCCGAUUCUCUACUAUCUUGUCGAUCAUGUAUCAUUUGCCACUUUAUGUUAAAGAUUGUAUCGCAAGGCAAGUAUUUAAAAGCAUGUUUGAAACCAAUUCCACACCAAGAUUUAGUUCAAAUCGUUAAGUAAAAUCGAAAUCAGUUUGAAUUGUACUUUUUAUUCAAAAUGUCUCGACAUUUAGUUCCUCCUUGUAACAAUCCCGACUUUCUGUGAUAGAAAUACUUCUUUGUGUGAUGAGAAACGAGGGUGAAUUGUUAUAAUAAGGGUGUAAUUGAAAGAAUUAAGGAACUGGGAUUUUAUUGAAUUGAAAA